AUCCCAUCGUGCUGCAAAGAAGUAAACAAAAAUGGCCGAGGAUUUACUUCCGCUCAUAGGGCAUAACAUCGGCGGUGAUGAUGAGAGUGAAUCAGAUAGCAAUGAAGAGGAGGACAUCGCAGUUGAGACGGAAGAGUCCGUGGAAGACGAUGAAAAUAGCAACAACUCCAAAAAGAAGAAUAAGAAGGACGGUGACAAAAUGAGAAUGGUCAACUUUGAUAAAUCCCUGCCUACAGCUCAUACAUACCUAGGCACAGACUUAGAGGAUGUUCGUGGUCGUACCAUCCAUGACGAUGACUCGUGCGUGACGAUCCCCCUCCUGGCUCUGCCUGGGGUGGUGCUGGUUCCUGGCCAGACAAUCCCCCUUCAUCUCUUCCAGCAUCACAUGGUUGCCAUGAUAAAGGAUGUGGCAGAGAAGGACAAGACCUUCGGAGUCAUCACGUUCAGGUAUCAAUCUGAACACACCCCAACUCUUUCAAAUCUCGGAACUACGGCAGAGAUAUUCUCCAUCAAGGAUGAAACUGAUGAUAUAUCUGGCAUCUCCACUGUAAGGGUCAAGGCCAAAGGUCGUCAGAGAUUCGAGGUCAUUGACACACGCAGAGAAGUUACAGGAGUCCUGGCAGGGAAGGUUCGCAUCCUGCCCGAGUGUUUGCUCACGGACAGUCUGGGUGGGGCACGGCCACGGUCUCUCUGCAAGUUUUGCUGCAACCCUGCAGACCAAGACUCGGUGGUCAAGACUGCUGUGGACAGACAAGGCAAUGUGCUAGCUUCGGUCAGCAUGGUGAAUAACCUACAGGUGAACAAGUUCAGCUGUGCCAACUUUACUUGGUGGCCACCCUGGGUGUACAAGAUGUAUGACGCAAAAGACUUGUCUGAGAAGAUCCUGCGUGAGCUGCAGAGCUGGAACGAGGCAUUGCGGAUGUCAGUAUUCCCGCAGGACCCUACGGAGCUGUCCUACUGGGUGGCCCAGAACCUCCCCCUUGACGACAGCAUGCGCCUGCAUCUGCUUGGCCUCAACUCCGCUGUGCAGAGACUUCGGUGUGAGCUCAGCAUCAUUCAGAAGUGCACAGUGCUCUGCUGCAAAGACUGUGGUACUCAGAUAACCCACAAGAACGAGGUGUUCUGCAUGUCCAUGGAGGGGCCACUCGGAGCCUACGUCAAUCCUGGAGGACAUGUCCACGAGACGCUCACUGUGUACAAGAUCCAGAACCUCAGUCUCAGAGGUCGACCUUCCACGGAACAUAGCUGGUUUCCUGGGUAUGCAUGGACGAUAGUUGAGUGCAAGCACUGUUCUAGCCACAUGGGAUGGAGAUUCACAGCCUCCAGUAAAACCCUCACCCCACAGAAGUUCUGGGGUCUGUGCAGAGCAUCGCUCAUUCCCGGGAUACAGAACACUGAUGAUACUGAGGAGGAGUGGAUGCCUGUCAUGUGAUAGUCAUGUGAUGUAAGUGAGCUAGUCACAUGACAUGCACAUGACCAGUGACAAUGGAUGGAACAGGUCAUCCAGCAAGAGUCUUUCAAUGGAGAAUUGUUCGCAGAGUCAAAGAUUGCUUUUGGAAAGCGACAAAACGAGAUGGACAUGAGUCAUGUGAUGUCACGUGACAUUUGUGGGUCACAUGAUUGUCAAACGACAAGCCAUUAAGCCAAAAUGAGAUUUGAAACUUGUGACUUGCUUGUUAACAAACAUCCCUGCUACAUGGAUUGGUGCUUUGACCAUCUUGUGACUGUGGUGUCAGACUUGGAAGAAAA